AUGCGAGGCUUUAAUACAUUAUAUUUCCUGAUAUCUCUCUCCUUUACUUUUUAUAUAUGCCAUGGAAUUGAGAUUCCAGAAAAAUUUCAAAAAUCAAACCAUACAAACAAUUGGGCUGUAUUAGUAGAUACAUCGCGAUUUUGGUUUAAUUAUCGGCAUGUUGCGAACGUGCUUUCGAUUUAUCGAAGUGUAAAGCGGCUAGGUAUACCAGAUAGCCAGAUUAUACUUAUGAUAUCUGAUGAUAUGGCUUGCAAUCCACGAAAUCCUCGUCCAGCCACCAUUUUCAAUAAUGCUCAUGAACAAAUUAAUGUAUAUGGGGAUGAUGUUGAAGUUGACUACAGAGGAUAUGAAGUAUCAGUUGAGAACUUUGUCCGACUUCUAACUGGGCGUGUCCCUCCAGAUACACCAAGAUCUAAGCGUCUAUUAACAGAUGAAGGUAGUAAUAUCCUCAUUUAUUUGACUGGUCAUGGUGGAGAUGGAUUCUUGAAGUUCCAAGACUCUGAAGAAAUAACGAGCCAAGAGCUUGCUGAUGCUUUAGAACAAAUGUGGCAAAAAAGAAGGUAUAAUGAAAUUUUCUUUAUAAUAGACACGUGUCAGGCGUCAUCAAUGUAUGAGAAAUUUUACUCGCCAAAUAUUCUCGCUACUGCUAGCAGCUUAGUGGGAGAAGAUUCAUUAUCUCAUCACGUCGAUUCAGCCAUAGGAGUUUACAUCAUUGAUCGAUACACAUAUUAUGUAUUGGAGUUCUUAGAGAAUGUACAUCCUAACAGUAAAAAAACAAUGUCAGAAUUUCUGGCAGUGUGUCCAAAGAGUGCAUGUUUAUCAACUGUAGGAGUUCGACGGGACUUAUUCAAGCGAGAUCCCAGCAAAGUGCCUAUAACGGAUUUCUUUGGAUCAGUCAGACCAAUCAUUAUUACUACUGAUCCUAUAGAUAUACAAGAAAAGCCUAAGAGAAAAAAGACUGCUACAGUGAAUUAUACAAAUGUACCUGAGAAAAAGGAAUACCUUCCGCAAUUCCCUAUGCAUUUAGUGAAGUCGACAGUG